CCGCCUUGUACGCUGGCACAAGUUUAUGAGGUCUCACACUCGCCUUGCCUUCGACUCAGCGCAGUGGUCUCAGCUUGUCGAAGCCUUGCGCAACUUUUCUUUUUCUUCCGGGGCUCCCUGGUUUCCGUCUUGUCACCAGAAUGCUGGCUACCCUAGCUGGUCUGCUGGCAGCGACCAGUCUAAUUUCGUACAGCACGUUAGCACUUCCUGCCCCGAGCAGACAUGCACUCAGCGUCGCGAAAGCUUGCUCAGGCCAAAUUUCCCAGGUCGACAAUGUUUCUCGACGAGGCCUAGGCCAGAACAUUCUGAGUGGUCUGACUAAGGACGCACAAUCUUCCACCAGUCACUGGUGGAGAGCGAACGACAUUAUGCCAAAAGAUCCCACCACUGGGAUUCGCAAGGUGCAUCCGAGCUGGGAUUUGCCGGAAGACUACAACGAAAAAGCAGCUCAACGCGAAAAAGAUGCAGGCAAAGCGUUGGGAAGUAGCAUCGCAGACUUUCGAGAGAGGCUCAUUUGGAAUGGAGAGGGUAGACCUCCGACCAUCAAACAGACGCUGAACGAGCCAAAGCCACCGCCUGAAGACCCAAAACAUCGUCACGUCCACGUACCUUCUUCUCGUGAAGAGCUGGAGAGGGAGUGGAAGGAUCCUCAUCCGGCUUUGCAUCCUGUGCACGAGUAUCGCAAGUUGACAAGGGACAAGUAUCCGGUAUUGAGGGAGAGCAAGAGCUCGUCGGAUCUGCUGUACAAGGAGCCUACCAAGCCCGGCGAGGUUCCAAAGAACAAAAGAACGGGACUCGACAGGAGCAAGAGCACUUCUGCUCUCAUCGACGAGAGUCCGCUCAAGAUGCCGAAGGGACGCUUGCCCAGCGAUGCAGAGAGAAGGCACAAAUUGAUGCAUCAAUUCGUGCAGAGCUACCCUGGCCACAUUCCCAAGAGCGUGCAAGAUGGUCUCUACGACCAUGCAAAGCAGCACGAGGGGCGACUACACUACAUGGACGUUGGUCGUCUCUACCUAGAGCAUCCAAGCGAAGAUCUUCGGGCUGCGAACCGCGUAGUAGGCCACAUGGAGCGCUGGACCAAGCACACGAACAACAUGUAUCCCAUCUCCAAACGUAUCUGGUCAGACAUGCACGAUCCAAUCCCGCUGACGCGCGACGGUCAGUUCUUCAAGGCUGCAGGCAUGCCGAAUGGCUGGUCCGUAGAGUAUCAUAGAGGUGGCCCCGACGUUCAGAAGUACUUGUUAAAGAAAGAAGCUGCAGAAGAGGCCAAAAGGAACAAGGUGCUCACUCCGCUAGAGGAGAAAAAGGAGGCUUUCGAUAGACGAUUCCCUCAACGGAAAAUGUGGUGAAGUUGGCCGGUAAGGGGAUGGACAAUGUGCUUUGUGGACCAGCUUGUGUUGCAUACAGCGGACAUUGAGACCUCGACGCAGUAGAGAUCUGCUAGUCGCAAGAGAGGCUCCGGGGGCAGAAUGAGGGACGAAGGGAUGCAAAGAGUCGCUCGCGAAGCCAAGCAUUCAUCGAGCUGAUGCGCAUCUCACGCGAGUGUGCGUGAAACCGUUCUGUGCAUCGUCUGAUCAUCUCAUCCUCGGCCUUUCGAUGCUCGCUCGGUGCAAUCACAAUGACAAUAUCCACGUGCCUUGGGCAAUUGUCGCCCUGUCGU